UUCAGAUUUUUAUGAGCAGUUUCUGACUGGUCCGAUCCCCGAAUUCCCGAAUUAUACAUCUUUCUGAUUGCGGCAGUCUAAGAACUACGAGCCCUCGGGGGAGAUAAUUGUACAGACCCAAGAAAAUGGGGCUUAAUCAUUAAAUUUGCUACUCUAGCUGUGCUGCUUCCGAAGUCGAUAAUAACUACGGCAGAAGCAGCUAAACACCGACGGAUAUCAACAGAUCACUGAUGGAUUUGUUCGUUUGCGGAGGUGUUUCGUAACGUGUACGAAGAUUUCCAUUCAAUUGGUAAUUGAUGUCCAUCAUCAUCUCAAGAAGAAUAACUGGAUAUAUAUUCUUUCCAGUAUGAUUGUGGAUUAUAUCUCGAGCGACAAAAAGAAACCGCUUCCGUAAUGGAUUAUUCUGUUUCGUCUUAUGACUCUUAUCAGAUUGAAUGGGAUGAGCAGUUGGACAACAGUAGCGCAUGGCCACCGUGGGAUUUUGAAAUGGCUACCGGAGAUCUUAUCGAUAAAGAUAGCGGCGCAGACACGAGCCCGCGGAAGCCGUCGUCGUAUCCUUUGGAUUUUGAUUUGGAAUCUGGAUCUGGACUAUUGUUUACGCCAAAAGCGGCACUCGACCCAGGAGAGCUCCGAGAACCUGAGAUUGAUCCGGACGAUGCUGAUGAGCCUCUUCCAAAGAAGCGUCCUUUGAAGAAAGCUAUUCCCAUUACUCCGUCGAAGAUCGGUGUGAAGUUGGAUCCAGCUCCAUUGAAGUUCUUGUCUGGUGAUCGAGCUGACCAGCUGGAUCUGGAAACCGUUGGAUACUUUGAAAUUGCCAAAAAAGGGAAAACUAGCGAUGGCACUAGCAGCACGCAACCUCUCCGUACGGACCUGCCUCUCUCCCGCCCUGAUUUCUCUGAUCUGAAACCACCGGCUGACUUCGAAAUAGCUAUGCUGAAAGCUUAUGACUUGUGGAAUCCGAACGGGGCUUUCAGUGCCUACGCUACUCUUGCGCGUUGCGAUGCUUGCUAGCAGCCCCAAGACGCUGGAUAAGCGCGUUAAAGAUGCCGUGAAUCUCCUUACACCGCGGCUGGUUCCCGCAAAAUUGCCGAUUCGGCCACUCAUUGAUGGUGUGACGAACGGCUUUGUUGCUCGAAAGCCAGUGAUUAGGUCACUUCCUGUCCUCCGUAACGUUCCAAAGGCGGUCCAGGCUAAAGAUUCUACAAUCGCUGGUACUAUUUCGUUGUCAAGCGCGAAAUCGCCAGAUGGUCCAGUGCAAAAGAAACAAAAGCUGGAAGAAGUGAUGACCAAAAAGAAGCCGAAUGUGAUUAUCGUUAGGCCGCCGGUGCAAAAGCAGUUACAGUUGUGGAACCGAAAUCACCUGACAGUGCUCUCUCAGAACCAACUGGUUUUGCGGUUGUGGAUUCAGUCAAACCGCCCGGCUGUUGCGCCGUGUCCCGAAGUGACCGCUGCUCCGUCAUCCGGGCUAGCCACAUAUCUGGAGGCGCUCAGAAAUGGGGAACGGAUUGUCAUUUGCAGUCGCAACUCUUUACCUCUGUUUCGAAAACCGAAACCGAUAAAGAAGAAGAAAAAGAAGGCCCCGGCAAAACCAAAAAUUACUAUGGCAGACAGGAAAUCUAAAAAAGCUGCUUCCGGUGCGAAUGUCUCCGUGAAACGUGUGCCGUAUCCCGUGGCGGUGGGAAGCAAAACAGGGACGCUGCCUACCGGCAUCCAUCCGAUGGGAUUACAAACCAGCAAAACCGUGGUGGUGCGUUCGCGGCCAUAUCAGGAGCCGCGUCCGCAGUACGUUGUCGUGCAGCCCAUGGCGCAGAGUAAACCGCGAAAGAAAUCAAGUAACCAUUGCAUCAUCCAGUAACCGAGUGGGUGCCAAAUCCCUUUUCCGAACGGGCCUGGGCGCAGAUGGCCAUGGCAUCCCGCAGCUGAAUUUUGGAUUGGGAAAAUGUACGGUGUGAACCUGUGUUAGAUUUCGGUGUACGUAUGCAUAGCUUUUAUCGUCGGUUUUUUCUGACAGCAGUUUCGAUGUUUAUUUUUCUUAUUUUUUUAUUACCUCACAGAACGCACUUUCGGUUGUGUUUUGGUUAUGGAAAAAUUUUUCCUGGUGGAUAUAGUUUUUGGUGACGCCAGGUGGAGAUUUUAUCAUUUAUGGAUGUCUUUUUUGUGACUGUAUUUUCUUGUGAUCUCAUUUUUCUGGGAAUGAUCAGUUUUAUGUUUUUCACCUUUUUGCGUUUUCUUGGGAAAGAUAUAGAUAGAUCUGAGAACAGGAAAAUUAAAAUGUC